CUCCUGGGUGCUAUUUGACAAUUCCUGACUCUACCAUUGGUCAGUGUUGGAUCAGAUGGUUGUAUUUCCUUCUGGCCCUCACUGGCACCUCGCCAUCCCCCUUCAGCUAAAACCCAAUCUCGGAUAUACUACUAAUAGGCGCGGCGCUCGGACUAUAAAACACAACAAAUCAUAAACCCGGCGGAGCAGCAGUGGCCGCGCGCGCCUCCCCUCCCAAUGAGUUCCUAUUUCGUGAACUCCCCCUUCCCCGUCACUCUGGCCAGCGGGCAGGAGUCCUUCCUGGGCCAGCUACCGCUGUACUCGUCGGGCUAUGCGGACCCGCUGAGGCACUACCCCGCACCCUACGGGCCGGGCCCGGGCCAAGACAAGGGCUUUGCCGCUUCCUCCUAUUACCCACCGGCCGGCGGCGGCUACGGCCGAGCGGCGCCCUGCGACUACGGGCCGGCGCCGGCCUUCUACCGCGAGAAGGAAUCGGCCUGCGCGCUCUCCGGCGCCGAGGAGCCGCCCCCGUUCCACCCGGAGCCGCGGAAGUCAGACUGCGCGCAGGACAAGAGCGUGUUCGGCGAGACGGAGGAACAAAAGUGCUCCACUCCGGUCUACCCGUGGAUGCAGCGGAUGAAUUCGUGCAACAGUUCCUCCUUCGGGCCCAGCGGCAGGAGAGGCCGCCAGACCUACACGCGCUACCAGACGCUGGAGCUGGAGAAGGAGUUCCACUACAACCGCUACCUGACCCGGCGGCGGCGCAUCGAGAUCGCGCACGCCCUGUGCCUGACCGAGCGCCAGAUCAAGAUCUGGUUUCAGAACCGGCGCAUGAAGUGGAAAAAGGAGAGCAAACUGCUCAGCGCGUCCCAACUCAGUGCGGAGGAGGAGGAAGAAAAGCCGGCCGAGUGA